AUGAUCAACGCCGGCUGGUACACAGAGUUGUCGCCCAUGUGGCCUGGGCAGGGUUUAACAUUGAAGAUUAAGGAAAUUCUGUACCGGGCGAAGUCGGACUUUCAGGAUGUGUGUGUCUUCGAGUCCGAGUCCAUGGGCACAGUGCUUCUUCUGGACGGCGUCAUUCAGUGUACGGAUCGGGACGAGUUUUCGUACCAGGAGAUGAUUGCCCACAUACCCAUGUGCAGCCUCGAGCGUCCCGCCAAGAAGGUUCUGGUGGUGGGAGGGGGUGAUGGGGGUGUGCUCCGGGAACUGGCCAGGUACCCGUACGUGGAGGAAAUACACAUGGCGGAGAUCGACAGGAUGGUUCCAGAGGUGUCCAAGCGCUUCUUUCCCGAGGUGGUGUGGCCGGCGAACGGGCGCCGAAUUGAAUGGACGUACAUACAUACAUACAUAUACAUACAUACAUUCAUUCAUUCUACUUCUUCCUCUCGCAACAGUCAGAGGGCAUUACCCAUCAAGACUCCCUUCUUCGAGGCGCUCCAUCGGGCGGUCCGCCCCGGCGGUAUCGUGUGUACGCAGGCGGAGUCCCUCUGGCUGCACCUGGACAUCAUCAAGGCCCUCGCCGACAUGUGUACGGAAGUAUUCCAAGGCGGAUCCGUGUCGUACGCCACCACGACCAUUCCCUCCUACCCCUCGGGUCAAAUCGGCAUGCUGGUGUGCGCCAAGGCGCGUAGCGGCGCGGAGGGGGAGGGCGACGGCCCCCUGGACCCCCGCAUUGCCCGGCAGCAGGAGCCGGGGCCCCUGCCGGCGCUGGGGGUGGGCGAGCUCAGGUACUACAGCCACGAGGUCCACUCUGCGGCUUUUGCGCUGCCCGUGUUCGCCAAGAAGGCCCUGGGGGGCUGCCUCACCUUCCAGUGA